AUGCAGGUGGACCAAGAUUCCGACUCCGGUAGCCAGGUCGGCCCCCCUGCGCGACAAUCGUCACGGUCGGCCCGCAGGCAUCGCUCCAAGAGGAGCCGCAUCACUAGGCGGCGCAUCUGCCUCAGCUGCCAAACCUGUCGGCGGCGAAAGGUCAAAUGCGACAAGGUGCAUCCGAUAUGCGGGAACUGUUCCAAAAUUGCCGCCGCCUGCACCUACGACGACGAACCACGGCAGAAUGACAUCCGAGCCAGUCCUGCUAAACCGGGAACGCCGAUACCAGACGCGCUGGAGGAAGAUGAGAAUCGGAACCAGAGAAACCUGUUCCCCUCUGGACAGACGCCAGAUCUCUGCGCAAUUGAAACCCAGCUAGCCAAACUUACGUCGCUUGUUGAGCAGUUGCAGGAGGAUCGCCGUGCUCUGAGACGGGAUGCGGUCAACCCCGAACCGGUGGCUGCGUCAACGGCGAAUGGUGAACCUGGGCCAGAAGAGCCAUGUGGCGCUGCUGUUAGUGGUAGCGGCGACGAAUUUGCCAUCCCGACCGGUCUCGCCACCGACCCCGUUGAUCCACUGAGCGGUUCAAACGUAGGACACUUGAGCCACGCAGGUCGGGGAAGCUCAAGAUACGUCGGCACAACCUACUGGGCCUAUAUUUCCCACGAACUGGGAGAGCUUAAUCAAUUGCUUACCAGUCAGAACCAGACCAGUGAUUCUGCUACAGCUGGUAAUACUGUGGUGGACACUGACAGUAGUGCGCGAGGCCAGACUCUGCGCUCUGGAAUCCCUUCGGAAUUCCCUGGCGUUGCUCCACACGCUUUCUCUCUCCGAGCGGGGUCCUUGCCCUUGGUAGAUGAUGAGGUUCAGGCGGAUAUGCUUGACAAUGUCCCAACAAAAAUGCUAAGUGACAUCCUCUACAAGGGGUUUGUGUCCGGCGUUCAUCCCCUGAGCCCGAUCAUCCAUCCUCCAAUCGCCCUGAAACUUUAUACUGAUUUCUGGACCUGGUAUGGCAUUGCUCGAUAUACCAGAGAGCCAUGGCCAGAACCAUCAUUCAUCCCUCUUUUAUACGCCAUUUGGUUUGGAGGAUCGGUCACGAUUUCGUCAGGCACUGUCAAAUCUGCGUUCUCAUCUUCACGAUCAGCGCUCUCGGCAAAAUAUGCUGACGAAGUCACUCGUUGGUUGGCCAGGAUAUCUUUCCCCCACAGCGCCUCACUUUAUGACUUGGCUGCGUAUAUUAUCACCCAGACAAUUCUAUCACGCGAGGAAGAGCCCUUGAGGAGUAGCUUGUUCAUUAGUCUUGCAGUAAGAGUGGCUCAGACCUUGGGGCUGCAUCGAGAUCCCUCACAGUUCAACAUUGAACCAUGUGAACGGGAAUUCCGACGGCGAGUGUGGUGGCAUAUCGUACAUAUGGACUCUGUGAUUGCCAUGUCUAGUGGACUCCCGCCGCUGCUUAGUGAGGACACGUACUGGGAUGUCCGUGAGACCAGCGAGGUCAAGGACACUUUGUUAAGUACUAUUCAAGCUGAACAGUAUGAACACUUGGUCUCCACCGGCCAACGACCGCCCGAUAAUCCGGAUGAUCCGACUGUCUGCGGUGGGCCAUCGAUGGUGAAUGUGUACUACUUGUCUGCAAGAGGCAAAUGUAUAAUGGCGCAGUCCGUUCACCGGAUACUGAAGAUUCAGCUCGGAACGAAGCCCGUCACCAGGGGGGAUAUGGAGGAACUUCGCUCCGCGCUUCAUGAUCUCCAGGAUAAACUCAAUUCUAUUGUCAGCAGGAUUCCUACAAGCGACAAUUCCACGAAUUCAUCAGCACUACCCGAGUCUGAAUCGAGAGCGUCGGCUCAUUCCUGCGCGGCAGCCCUUCCGGGUGAUGACGGCUCAUCAGGCUGCCACGAACAAUAUCAUUCAGCGGUUCUCGUCGCCUUUCACAAAUGGACUCGGAUCCUUUUAUCAUUGUUCAUUGAUAAGGCAUUUUGCGUCGCGUACCAGCCGUUUCUCCGGAAUCCGCAGAGUCGAAUCUGGCCAUAUGCGCGACAGUCUGCACUGCGACAUUGUUAUGCCUUCAUGGAGAAGUUCAUCCAAUUAGCAGCAGACCCUGAUUUUAAGCCGUUCCGUUGGGGCUGGCCUGGAAAUCAUCAGCCUAUGCAUGCAACGAUGAUUCUUCUUAUCGACCUUUACAAACGACCCUACAGCCCCGAAGCGCCAGUAUCGCGAUCGUUUAUUGAUCGAAUUCUAGCACUCGCUGGACCGGGCGAAGGGAUUGUCGGUGCCCGCGAUGAUCUCCCCACCCUUCGCCCAUUAGGCGAUGCAGGCCGCGAGGCCUGGAACAUGAUCCAUCGCCUCCGCCAAAAGGCCUGGCAGAAGGCUGGUCUUAAUCCCAAUUUACCUCUGCCUGCCUUAUCUGGCCAAAAUCAAAGCCACAGUGACGUCCCCGAGACAGCUAGUAACCUCAAAGGACAGCCACGUUCCAGCUACUCUGCACGCGUCUCGCCAGCAAUGCCUUCUACUUCGGCCAACAUGUCUACCGCUCGUAGUCCUCGUGCAUUGCACGCCCCGACCAGCGCAGCAGCCGACUUUGAUUUUGUUUCAUCGUACCCUGACAUGAACACAACUAAUCCAACAAUACCAACGCCCAUCCCCGAGUCUUGCCCCAGUUCCGCAAGUGACCCAGCCGUCUCCUUUGACUGGAGUGAAUGGGACGCUAUUUUCGGCCAUUCCCUCCCGGUUACAGAUGAACUGAUGGGUCUUGAUCCUGCUACGGGACUAGCAUUCGCCAACCUGGAGAAUGACGACACGUGA